AUGUCUUGCCUCCUCCGAUCUACGAAGUCUAAGAUCCUCUCUUCUUACUCUUCACUUUCUAGAAGCUUCCCUUCCCUCUCCCGCGCCGGUCCCUCCCAUGACCUCCUUCACAAUCAGAUCGGAGCUCUCUCUCCCCUCCCCAAUCUCUUCCACCGCAACACCGCCUCCAUUCCUCUCGCGAAGGAAAACGCUUCUAGCGGAGACUUGACUGGUCUUCCCAAAGUUCCUGCGAAUAAGCUUGGCUGUGAUUCGAAUGCGAUCAAUUCGGUGAUGUAUAAAGCUUCUGGACUUGACACCACUAUGCGGGCUGGUGCUGGAUAUGGCACUAGAGUUUGCACUGCACAGAGUCCAAUGCUAUUGGGAGUCAAUACCGUGAUGGCAAGAAGUUUUGAGAGAAGUAUGGAAGCUGGCACGUUGGGAAUGCUUGGUCAUAAACGUUGUAUGAGUGUUCUCCCAAGUAAAACCAGUGAGACCAGCCCAUCUGGUUUUCGCCCGUUAUCUCCUCAUCUCCCUCUUUAUCAGCCCCAACUCUCUUCAACUCUCUCAAUUUUUAAUAGAAUUGCUGGAGCUUUCUUAGCCGGUGUCAUUGUCCUUUUUUAUAUGAUAUAUUUGAAAAUGGGUUUGGUUAGCCUCACUUAUGACUCAUUCUACCAGUUCAUAUUUUAUUCAUCAAAACUCAACCUACUUGUCAUGGAGCUUUCUGCCUUAGCCGUGACCUACCAUCUGUAUAGUUUCAUUCGUCAUUUACGCUUAUGA